AUGUAUCACAAAAACGAUGCGACAUCAGCGCCUUUUACUGAGACUUAUAUGAUCACUUACUCUUGGCCACAUCAUGAAGAAGUCAUACUAUCAGCUGCCCAUAUUGUUAAACGCAAAUCAUUCAGUGAUCUGGCUAGUCCACAUCAUGAUGUGGACAGCAAGACUUUUCUAUUACAUGAAAUGGGAUCUCCGCACGGAUCGGUGAUGUCGUGCCAGUCACUGGCGGCGCGUGCAUUCGCCGAGCCAGAGAAGGAUAGCAUGACACACUGUACCACCUUCCAUAGAUCUGUACGCUUCAGUUCAGAGUCCCGAAGUUCGACCAGAGCGUCUACAGAAAAUGAAUGUAAGAGGGAAACGCCAGGUUCCAUAUCGCUGACGGCGCUCACCAUGACGCCGGCUGUUUCACAAACGUCGGCGAUGACGCAGUCCGCGCCGCCGGCUUCAAACACCUUCGACAUGGCUGACAGUCCUGCUCCUUCAUCCACCAGUUGCCGUUUUCCCAAGUUGGAGGAGUGCGCUCACUUUCACUACGAGCGAGUAUCCCUCGGUGGACUCAGUAUAGAAGCGUUGCCAUGUGAUGAGAAGUGUGCAGACCCUGACGAAGGUUGGAUUCUCGUGCGGGUGCGGUCGCACGUGAACUCGUCGUGCGAGGACAGCGGCGACGUGCGGACGCUGAGCGGCAGCUGGACCGAGCAGAGCGACGUGAAGGAGUGGACGCUCUACAGGAACAGGACGCAUCUGCUGCAGCUGGACGACAUGCUGCACAGCUGGACGACAUGCUGCACAGGUGAUGCACUCACACUAUACACGUUGUACACGAGUGUUGGCUAUAUAGGAACAGGACGCAUCUGCUGCAGCUGGACGACAUGCUGCACAGGUGCUGGAUGCACUCACACUAUACACGCUGUACACGAGUGUUGGCUAUACAGGAACUGGCCGCAUAUGCUGCAGCUGGACGACAUACUGCACAGAUGUAUCUACGACCGUAAAGUGUCCGGUCUGCCGGAUUUGAAGCAAUCUCCUGUACCCGCCGAGGAGGAUGGGUGGAGAAGACUAGUGGCAGAUUAUCUCCAUCACCUGUCCAUCAUAGCUGAUGACGCGCUCACGUGCGGACCGCUGCUCAACUGGCUGCAGAUGGACAAUAAGGGACACAAAUUGCUAGUUUCUAAUGAAGAUUCAAGUUCCAUAAACACACCAGCCGUAGCCGCAGCGUACUCUGUGAGGAAAUAUGUCUCGCAGGCUCGAGACGAAAUCAGUUUUGAAGUGGGCGAUAUGAUCUCAAUUAUUGAUAUGCCCGGUCCAAAUGAAUCGUUAUGGUGGCGCGGCAAGCGCGGCUUCCGCGUGGGCUUCUUCCCGCACCACUGCGUCGCCGUCAUUGGGGACAAGGUGCCGCGCCACAUGACCCAGCCCCCGCCCAUCGUCGGGGGACAAGGGGCCGCGCCACAUGACCCAGAACAUCUACUCAAUUGUGGACACGACGUGCCGCAGGUGCUGGUGUCGUGCGCGGCGGCCAUCGAGGCGCGCGGGCCCGUGGACGGCGUGUACCGGCUGUCGGGCGGGUCGGGGCUCACGCAGCGGCUGCGCGCCGCCUUCGACGCCAACGCGCAGCCGCCGCCCGACCUGGCCGCGCCGCCCGUCGCGCGCGACCCGCACGCCGUGCCCAGUCUGCUCAAGAUGUACUUCAGAGAGCUUCCGAAUCCUCUAUGCACGUAUCAACUUUACGAGAGUUUUGUACAAGCCGUCCAGCAGGACGAGGCCAACAAACUGAGGGCGGUCAGAGACACUGUCGUUAAAUUGCCGCCGCCGCACUACAGGUGA